ACUGUACUUGCUACCCCGUCCGUCUCCAUCCAGGACAAUCGCCUCAUCGUUGGCGAUGCCCAAAGCACGUCCACGCGAUCCUACACCCCGCUCAAGAUGGUCGGUGAUGGUUCAUUCGGCACCGUGUGGCUCUGCGAUUGGCAUGGGACGCUACCGCCCAAUACACCCAUGUCCGCCAUGCAGUGCGGUGCCGGUGCAAGGCCGGAAUACGCGCGAAAGCGACUCGUCGCAGUCAAGCGGAUGAAGAAGAGAUGGGAGGGCGGAUGGGACGAGUGCAAGAAGCUCAAGGAGCUCGAGUCUCUGCGGGCGAUACCAUACCAUGAGAAUAUAAUCCCUCUAUACGACUUCUUUCUCCUGCCCACGACGAAGGAGCUCUACUUCGUCUUCGAGUCCAUGGAGGGAAAUCUAUACCAGCUCAUCAAGGCUCGCAGAGGCAAGCCGCUGGCAGGAGGACUCGUUUGCUCCAUCUUCCAGCAGGUCGUGUCGGGGCUUCACCACAUACACUCACACGGCUACUUCCACCGUGAUAUGAAGCCAGAGAACCUGCUCGUCACGACCACGGGACUGUAUGACUACCGCGCGCUAUCAUCCAUUGCUUCACCAAACGUUCCGGUUGAACGUGACGUGGUCGCCAUCGUGAAGCUCGCCGACUUCGGUCUCGCGCGGGAGACCAAAAGCAAACCUCCAUACACUGAAUACGUCUCUACCCGGUGGUAUCGUGCUCCGGAGGUACUGCUCAAGAGCAGGGAUUACUCGAAUCCUGUGGAUAUGUGGGCGCUCGGCACCAUCAUGGCCGAGCUUGUAAAUCUUAGACCACUGUUCCCCGGGCAGAACGAGCUGGAGCAGCUCAUGCGUAUCUGCGAGCUACUCGGAGAUCCCUGUCAGGACUAUGGCCCAGAUGAGCGAGGAAAACCUAUCGGAGGCGGGAGGUGGUCAAGAGGCGUGAAAAUGGCACGGGGGGUCGGCUUUGAGUUCCGAAAGAUGGAACCGCAGAAUUUCUACGCUCUCUUCGAUCGUUCAGUCCCCGUUGAGCUGGUCGAAUGCAUUGCAGAUCUUCUCAAGUAUGAUCCCGACGCCCGGCUUACUAGCCGGCAAUGUCUUGAGCAUCCGUACUUGCGGAAGUUUGCUCCGCUUAACAAUCCACCGAAACCAUCUGCUCAGGCAUCUCAGACGUCAGGAACUGUCCAGCCCGUUUCGACAAAACAGUCAUUACGGAAUGGGUCCGUUUGGAGCACCUCUCUACAAUCCAUUGCUCCUCGUCAUCUCCCGCCAUCACACUCCUACACAUCUGUCAGCCAGAAGCCGGAAUUUCAACCAUCAGCACCCCCGGUCAAUGCGCAUAUACCCGAUGCCUCUUCCUCACAUCGGUCGUCUUUCUACGAUACUUCCUCGGCACGGCCACGGGCAAUCUCCGAUACAUCAAGCAGGACCUCUGAUUACGGCGGCGAGCCGCUCAACCCCAUACGUGUUGUGGGUGUUUCUCCACAGAUCGCGGACUCUGCAUAUGCCUCUUCGGUGUACUCGAUCACUGGAGCUGACCGUGUCACGCACUCGCUAUAUGCGGGGAGCGGUCAGUCGGAUUGGGAUGCGAUGGAUGUGUCGCCGCACGUGGAGGUCCCAGAGCAAUACAUUGUUGCCGACAAUCAGUCGACGGAGAUUCAGACCUCGCCAAUGGCGCGCGAGUAUCCUUCCCGCCCCGUGCAGCCGGAGCCCAUUCAGGAUCAUUCACAUGCAGACGCGCACGAUGCCCAUCACUCUCACGGGCACAAGUUGGCGAAGCUUCCGUUUGGCUUUGGCAAGAAGCACAGCAAGUGGGGCCUCGGAAUGUUUGGGCAUGGAGACAAGAGCUCGCAUACAUUACCACCUGUCCAGGAGGUCAACGUCUCUUCCGCAAACUCGACGCCAUCUCUCAAGCGAACCCAAACCUCCAGCACGGACAGCCGUUCGCUGUCAGAGUUGUCGCCGAUUAGUGAGGCUCCGACGAACACGAUCAUGGACGCGAAGACGAGGAAGAAGGAGGCCGAGCGCAUCGUCCGUGAAGCGGAGAAGCAGCGUCGUGAGCAUGCGCGCAAAAAGCAUCGCGAUCAAGCUCGCGCGGUCAUGGAGAAGCAGAAGCUUGCUCUCACUCACGAGGCGGCGGUCCUCGACUGGCAGUGGCUGUCGGCGCAGAACUCCCAGAUCGGCGCACCGCCUGCGUUCCGGGAUAAGGGCAAGCAGCCGAUGGCCAUGGGUCCCAUCAGGCAGUCACAGAGCCAUGGUAUGAGUUCUAAGACCGCCAAAGCUUCAGGGAGCGUUUACAGUCCGAGCGAGGGCUCGAGCGCGCGCGCCGACUGGCGGAGAGACGAGCGGGUCUCGAAGGCCCGGCGGAGAGAGUUUGAUGAUGAUCACUCGAUGUCGUCGACGGAUCUGCCGAGCGGGAUGUCUGUCAUCUCGUUUGCCACGGUUGACAGUGAUCCAGGUCCUGCGCGAUCACGGCAUCGAAUGAGCAGCAGUGUUUGCAGUGGUGGUGACCGUGUGGGUCGAAUGACAUCCUUGAACUCACUACGGACUUGUAUGGACGAGUACUCCCUGCCUGGUCGUUCGUCUGCGUCGUUGUCUCUGGAGCAGCAGCUUGUCAACGAGUUCCAUAUACGCGCGUCCGUGGACAGUUCUUCCUUGUCGGAUGGAACGUCAUCGCCGCCACCGCCUCCUAUGCAUAUGCUCUCGCUGUCGUCGCCGCCUUGGCAGCAAAGUUGCGAUCUGUCGUCAAAUGCCAGCACGUUGGACAGCACCAGCACAUUGUCUCGGCUGCAAGAUAGGAUGUCGUUAUCUCUGCACCCGUCAGUUCGACAUCCAGUGCUACCGGGUGGGCAGUCAUAUGGGCGACCACCCAGUCCUGGUGUCGCUCCGAAGUCUGCUAUUAAUCCGAUGUUCAAAGUUCCGCCAUUACAGCGCUUGGACAGACCGGGUUCAUUACCACCUUUCUCGCAAUUGGAGGCAGUUGCAGACGGAGAAUACCCUCCGCUGUCACCGAUGUCGUUCACAUCGCCUGACGAGAUGAGCAACGACGAGAUCUGACUUACAACUGUUCCACUCACAUCCAACGUCCCUCAUAGGGAUCAACACAUUCUUUGGUUUCUAUUUAAGACCAUCGGUUCUCGUUCUUGCUCUCAUCUCAAGGUAGUGUCGACAUGCUCGCCCAAGUUAUUUCUAUCGCUGCCAUCUCCGUCUCUCCCUGUCAUCGUCAUCCUAACGCCAGCAUUCAUCCCCCUCUCUAUCACUGUGCAUCGGAGUGUCCUUGCAUUAUCACUUUGGCGGACCCAGGAGGUUGCGUUCAGUCACGUUUAUAGCUGUGCAUGUACAAAUCCGGUUGACGUUUUCCCCUCGUCUUCUCCCUCUCCUUCCAUUCGCACGCGU